UUCAUUUCGCGCGUGACGUCAGAACUGAUUGAAUCACUGGCGGGACAAAAAAAACUCCAGCAAACGAUUCCAGUCACCCGACGCCUCAGCAGCGUUAUAUAAUCAACAGAAGUCGAAUGAAUAUAAACCUACAAGAGUUACAUCGAUUUUGGAGUUCGUUUACAUACUUUACAGUGUGAGAAAUGGUGGCCAAGGGACAGAAGCGUAAACUCCACGGGGAGGAUGAGGGAGGAGGUUCAGCGUGGGAAAGUCAGCUGCAGUCCGUGUUGGACAUCUCCAUGGAUAAGUUCCACCGCGACCAGGCUCUCGUGGAGCCCUGCUUAUUACGGUCGGUUCUGAUCAACAACACACUGCGGCAGGUCCAGUCCGAGGUCCGGGCGCAGGUCGAAUCGCUGUCCGCUGUAAAUAUUCCCACAAAAUUAAAACCAGAGCCCGAUUUUCCACAAUUAUCUCCUCCAGCGGAGCAUAAUGCACCUUUGUUCUCAGCGAAUGCUGAAAAUACGGAGGAUGAGUUCAUGGCCUGGACUUCAGAGGAGGAUUUCUCUCUAUCUUCAGCCAUUUCUGCCAUUCUCAAAGAUCUAGACACAGUCAUCGACGCCGGUCAAGGGCCUUGUGCAUCUCAACGGGCUCCGCUCAGCUCUCUAGAGAAUCUAACACAGUAUCCUCUGAGGACUGAAAGAACGUCUGACAUAGCAUCGUCCAUCAAAACGGAGGUGAUGUCUCCAGGUUGUCCUCAGGAUGGAGCUCUAGAUAAAUUUCUCCUGGACAUCGACGCGUCUGUGUUUGAACCAGAGGUGAACCUUCUGCAAGGUUUCUCCGUCACGGCCGAUGAUCUAGUGAAGUAUCUGCCAUCCCUGUCCAAAUCCCCAUCAGCAUCCUCUUCCUCAUCUUUAGUCUCUCACAGUCAGGCCACAUGGGAAAUCCAGGAGUUAGAGCAUGUUAUGGACAUCUUGAUGCGAACGUACCCGCAAAGCUGAUUUUGAUGAAAUCAUGUUCCUGACGUUUGAGGUUAUAAACAGUUUUUAUGGAGGUAUACUAAAGAAAUUUCCACUGAAUCGAGUUAUGUCACUAAGGCUUUGCUACCUCAUGUUUACCAACUUGUCAUGUUGAAAGUAGUUGAUCUCAAUGUCAGAUGGUUUAGUCCUCUGGUUUAUGCACAUCUCGUUCUGUUUCAAGAAAUGAUCUUUCAUGCAGAUUCAUUCAAGGCAUCACUUAACAAAGUUCAGCGACUGUUAUACACUUUUAUUUUUUUUGAAGCGAGUCAUUCCAAAUGUGCCAUUUUUUUUUUUUUUUAUUGCUUUAUGAAAUAAUGUUAUUCUCUGACAUAUGCACUUUCCAUUGAGUUUGUUAAAUAUGGAUUCUUACACAGUUUGCAGGUUACCAUUAGGAGUAAAUAGACCAAGGUCAUUAAAAUAUGAGUGUGUAUAUUUUUAGUUUAAAGAUAUGAUGCGCAGUAAAUGUUACAUGAGCAUUAUGAAUAUACUGGUGCUGUUUCAGCAGAUGAACGUGUAGUUACCUAUGCAAAAUAUUUACUAUGCCAAUAUGAAAUUAUAAUGUGAAUAUUAAUCACUUUGUAUUCUAUUGUUGUACUUUAAAUAGAGUGGUAUUUGGUGACAUCAAGUGGCUGAAUGAGGAAUUAUUUUUAAGAAAAAGACUGUUCCUAUACUGGACCAUGUCAAAUUGCUAUUUGGAGAGAAAAUGUAAAUGGGAAUUAUUUCCUAUAUGAAAGAGAUAAGAAACAUGCCAUUUUCAAGCUACAAAAUUUUACAAGGAAAAGAUUUUUAACCAAUCCACAGGAAAAAUUGUCACGUGAAAAAAAACAAAACACUAAUUUGAUUAAUAUUUCAGUAAUAAUAGUCCUAAUAUGUACCGAAACAACAUGGGAGAUGGGAAACUUGUUUAUUCCACUUAGGUUUUUUUUUUUUUGAUUGAGUGGUAGGUUAUUUAAACUUAUCU